UGGUAGGGCAGCAUCCCGGUGCUGCCAUCAGCCAGUGCAGAAGGAAGCAAUUGGCUGGAGCUAUCAGAGCUCUGAAUGCAGGUGAAACGGCAGGUCUGGGAAUAGCUAGUCUGCCUUAGGAUGGGAAUGGAUACUUAUUCAAGCUGUAGGUUUUAAAGUUCUGUUUAAUAUCAAGAAAGAGAAGAGCUCCUCGUUUUCUUUUUGUAUGUUGCCGCUCUGUUGUGGUGUGGGCUCAACGCUUUCUACCUUCAUGUGGAGAAAGAGGCUGUCGGUGUGCUUUUUGGGUCCUCUUGCCUUCUCGUCCAUCCUCUCUGGAUAAGGUCUUCUGCACUAGAGAUCCGCUUCCUGGAAUCUUAGUCCUCCAUGUACGAUAACCUCUACCUUCAUGGCUUUGAAGACUCGGAGGCGGGCUCAGCUGAUUCCUACACAAGCCGACCGUCUGACUCAGAUGUGUCCCUGGAGGAGGAGAAGGAGGGUGGGCGGCAGGAGAGAGAACAGCAGGCCACUGUUCAGCUCGAGAGGGCAAAGAGUAAAGCAGUAGCGUUUGCUGUAAGGACCAAUGUGAGCUACUGUGGUGCGCUGGAUGAGGACGUCCCUGUGCCUGGCACCGCCGUCUCUUUUGAUGCCAAGGACUUCCUCCACAUCAAAGAGAAAUACAACAACGAUUGGUGGAUUGGCCGCCUUGUGAAAGAAGGCUGCGAGAUCGGAUUCAUUCCGAGUCCGUUGAAGCUGGAAAACAUCCGGCUGCAGCAGGAGCAAAAGAGAGGACGCUUCCAUAGUAGCAAAUCCAGUGCUAAUUCCUCCUCCAGUCUGGGCGAAAUGGUUUCCGGCACAUUUAAACCAAACCCAAAUUCUGCAGGAAAGCAGAAACAAAAAGUGGCUGAACACGUCCCUCCAUAUGAUGUGGUUCCUUCGAUGAGGCCGGUGGUCCUGGUAGGACCAUCCCUUAAAGGCUACGAGGUAACGGAUAUGAUGCAGAAAGCGCUGUUUGACUUCCUGAAACACAGGUUUGAUGGGAGGAUAUCCAUCACGAGGGUUACCGCUGAUAUAUCGUUAGCCAAGAGGUCAGUACUUAACAACCCCAGUAAGCGGGCCCUCAUUGAGAGAUCCAACACCCGCUCCAGCCUUGCUGAGGUCCAAAGUGAAAUAGAAAGGAUCUUUGAAUUGGCCAGAUCUCUGCAGCUCGUGGUUUUGGAUGCAGAUACCAUUAAUCACCCAGCACAGCUUAUCAAGACCUCAUUAGCUCCAAUUAUUGUCCAUGUUAAGGUGUCAUCCCCUAAGGUCCUGCAGCGUUUAAUCAAAUCCCGUGGAAAGUCUCAAAGCAAACACUUGAACGUGCAGCUUGUCGCAGCUGAAAAACUUGCACAGUGUCCAUCUGAGAUGUUUGAUAUUAUUUUGGAUGAGAACCAACUUGAAGAUGCCUGUGAACACCUGGCCGAAUACCUGGAGGCGUACUGGCGUGCGACCCAUACUUCGCUUAGCACGCCACUCAACCCCCUGCUGGGACGCAACCUGGGUUCCACCGCUCUCUCCCCAUAUCCAGCUGCCAUUCAGGCCCAGAAGAAUCGAAACAGCAACCACUCAACAACCGACCUUUCUCCCGUCGAGCGCAACACUCUGAUGCCUGCAGAUGAGAACUAUCACAUAGAACGAGGACGGAAGAAUCGCAACCGCCUGUCUUCUGGCUCACAGCACAGCAGGGACCACUCUCCACUGAUGGAGGAAGACUACCAAGACCCCUAUCAGGACUCUUACAAGCCUCACCGCAAUCGUGGAUCCCCAGGAGGCUACAGCCAGGACUCCAGGCACAGGCUCUGAGCGGACUCACAUCUCCAAAAUAUCCACCAUGAACACAGGAGCUCAGGCAGCUCUGUUGUAUAAAAUCUACUACAGUCAUGUGACCUGGGACAAUCUCUUAUGUCUGUGUAGUACCUCAUAACCCAAUCUUACCUUGGUUGUUGCCAAAUGGACAUUUACAACCCUAGUGAAAAAACUGCCUUUGCUAUGAUGUGAAUAUGGGGGUGGACUUGUAGCACAAAAAUGUUUGUUUUAAGGAAAGGGUGGAAAUUGAGCUUGUUUUAACACGUCAAACAAGUAGCUUGUAAGUAAAAUCAGCUAAAGAGUGAGAGUGUGGGGUGUAGGCCCUUCUACACCUUCCCUGCCAUCUCAGCUGACCCUGUAGCAUGUAGGAGGGGCUGUGAAAUCAGUGCCUGACAGGAUCCUACAGUGAUUAGCAACUCAGUACUUGUUCUGACAUAACGUAGAGCUGAGUGGAGCAAAAUAUGCCAAUAUUUAUACAUUUGUGUGCUGCAGUCUUCAACUUGAGCGUGGAAGUCUUGUAAAAUCUUGUUUCCAAAUCUCUUGACUUUUGCUCUUUGCGUUUAAUGUGAUUUGUUUUGUUUUCUCUUUCAAACUUCAUCCAGAGGCUUCCUUCUUCCUUAUUUGUUCCCCCUUGAACUCUGUUUUUGUUUCAGUCGUAUCUAAAGUCAAGCAGAUAUAGAGACAUUUAAAAGCUCCAAACCUCAGGAACUAUAGAGGUCACUAAGACCUAGAAGUGUAGCGUUUGUUAUCUUAUCCAUCUGACAAGAAUAUAAUUGUGGGUUUAUUUACUAUACAGUGCCUUUCAAGAGUAUUCCCAGCGGUGGUAUUGGAUGCGUCUUCUUUAUUAAAGAGGCUUAAUAAAGGGAAAUUGUGAUCAAAGCAAACCGGUUGGGGGCCGUAGAAGAUAUUUGACCACAGGUGGACAUAGAAUGAAUAUAAUUGCAUGCCGAACUUUUUGGAUUUUUAGUAAAGUUGAGAACCGAUGUAUAAUUUUCCCUUUGCACCACAUUUACCUUGUACUUUAUGCUGGUGCUGGAGACGAUUCUCAGUCAGCCGGGUCAUAG